AUGGCACAGAGAACAAAUGCCCUCAAUCACAAUGGAGGCACUGUCAAGGUCGGCACAACUGGCACAAUCAGUUCCUUGAUGACUCGAGAGUUAGAAUCCAUCAAACGCCCAGACCAAACAUGCCCUCCCACACAGCGAAAACAACAAACAGCGCCUGUGUCCAUACCCUGUGUUGCUAAUCCGAGGAAAGCAUUGCAGAAAAGAAACCAAAUUAAUGAACAAGGAAGCAGCAGCAACUACAAUGGCGGCGGUAGAAAUACAGGGCACGCUAAUUGUGCAAGCAACAUCAAAGGUCACAAGCUUCGGCAUGCGCCACGAAAAAAUGGACACAAGAUUCCAAUGCUAGUAUCUGAUGGUAGUCCGAUGGACCAAACUCUGAACAAUUUUAAGGCAGAAAAGAAAGCACACUCUUACAUCGUGGAGGUUGUAGACCUAAAGUGCAGCAAUCCAAUGAGCACCCGGUUGAAGAAACUUGGCUUCUCCAAGCUCUCUGAAUCAAUAUCCUAG